AUGUCGCGCGGGGAUUCAAGCUCACACUAUUCACCUUCUCAUCACAGGUGCCAAUCCAAUCUGCUUCCAGCCCCAGGCCCGUUUCCAGACGUUGACCUUCUCUCCUCGGUGUUUGACUCAGUACACGCGCCGGGCUUCCAACUACAAGGCGCUUUCCCUUGCUCGGACGCCUCUUGGCCCUUUCAUAGCCCUGUGCAAAGCCUAGAAAACGACUCGCAGUCCAAGCGAGCAUUUCCGUCUUCACUCCAGUCACAUAGUUCGACCCUUUCCUUGAAUUCGAGCGUCAGCCUUACUGGUACCAUUCUCGACCUGGAUACGCCACUCUCGGGUCACGAAUCCGAGCAAUUUUUCGACAGUGUCAAUUGUGAAGAGCAGUUGACGGACGAAAAUCCUCAAGGUCUUGGGAUCACAUCAUACCCUAUGUCAGUAGCUUCAGGCGCAUACUUCGCGGGCCCGAUGCAGCCAAACAACAAUCCUUAUAUUUGGGGUAACCGCCCAUUUCAACCGCUGCAGUCGCCACCUGGCCAUAUGAACCAGCAGUUCCCGCCUUCGCAACCAUACCCAUCAUCAGGAUUUCCUGUCGGUUAUAAUGGUCAGCCAAGCGGGUCAUUACCUAGCUAUCACCAAGACGCGUCGGCACCGCCUUCAUACUUACCUGGAGCGCACGGGGGCUCCGCUCGACUUCAGCAAUCUCGAAGUCCACCGGCGCUGUCAAUGGCUCGUCCAUUUCACCCUCAGCCAAACCCUGCUGCUUUACCUGACCAAUCUCUUAUGACCUCUUCUCCCCCCUAUAUGAUGAACCAACCCGCCUACUACCUCCCCGAAGCACCUCCAAUUCCAUCCACUCAUCCGUCCUCUAUGAGCUUGCAAGCCUCAUCGAUGGUCGCCGAACCUGUAUUCUCCUCCCCCGACUCAAUAGCGACAGGGGAUUCCAAAGAACGCCCCCUGCGCGUGCUCAGUUCGCGACCUCGGCCACAAUGCUGGGACCACGGCUGCAACGGUCGCGAGUUCUCAACAUUCAGCAAUCUGCUGCGACACCAACGUGAGAAGUCCGGAGUCGUCGCGAAGGCAGAGUGCCCCGUCUGCGGAGCGGUGUUCACCCGUACGACGGCGCGAAACAUCCACGUGGCACAGGGCAAGUGUAAGGGUCCAGGGCGAGAAUCAUCGACAGAAUAA